AUGAGCCAACCCUCCAGCACCUCCCAGCCUCGAGAUCUCCGCGCACCCGCAUGGCUGCACUACAACGAAAUUUUUCCUCGACCUGCCUACGUCCCUCCUCCACCAACAUCCAAGUUUGCACCCGAAGGAGUCCGGCAUGGAAAGGACGGAAGCCUAGUCGAGAAAUUUCUCUCGGAAGACGCGGCUGCUUUCCUGCGCCAUCUUCCCAUCACCAGCACGACUCUGCGCGUCAGCUUCACUAGCCAUGUGGAUGGAAAGCUCUCUGCUGAGAUUCAUGGCUAUUCUCCGCGCAAAGAAUUCGAUUCUGCGGUGAGGAAAAUGGUCGAGGAGAAUUUGCGACAGUAUGGACUGGAAGUCUUGGGGGAGAAGAUCAGUGAGGCGAGUAUUGAGCAGGUCGUGGAGAAAUUCCGUCUGCUUGGUACCGUUGAUGAAGAGAUUCAGCAUGCUGACGCAUGGGGACGAGUUGGUCUGGCGGUCUUGAAGUGGAUUGAUCUGAAUGAUGCUGCUGUUCUGGAAGCUGUCGCUACAACGACAAACAACUGUGAAGUCAGUAUCAAGGUCACUGGCUUCCAGAUGCCCACGACGGAUGAGGGUGUGGUGAAGACGGAGUUGCUUGCUAAGCUGAUCGCCGCUGAAUUCCCGGAUCAUGGGCGGGAAGAAAAGGGUCGGCUUGGCAAGGACGAGUUUGAGUUUUAUUGUCAGAAAGCCAUCGACCUUGACAUCCUUCCCCUGCAAUUCCGCCGACCGAAUCUCCUGGCUACUUUUGCGACCGCGGCGGAUUUCCCUGACGCGGUGACGACUUUGACUGCUGUGGACGAGACGGAGGACGCGCCAUCAACCUCGCAUCAUCAUCCUCUGGAAGAAGAAGCGAAAAUGUCGCACCCAACAUCGUCGAGCAAGAAGAAGGGAACGGCGAAACUUCCAUCCACUCUCCCCUCACCUUCCCCCACCUCCAAACCUCCCACCAACUUGCUCGAAGCAGCUUUCGGCCCAGCAGCUUCUUCUCCCAGCAAACAAGCCGAAGAAACCGACGUAACAGACCUGCUCGCCACCCACAAACAGCCCAAAACAACCAUCCUAUCAGGCCAGCUUCCUCCCAAAGUAGCCGCUCAAGCUGAAGCACACCUCCGCUUCGGAACCACCAAUCCAUCCCGCUACGACAAGAAGAAGCGGGAUCUCGAAGCCGCUGAGCUGGAAAACAACAACUCCCCGAAGACUCCCGCGGCGAAGAAAAAGCGGCAGAAUAAGCAAGCUGCUCGAGACUCCGACGUCGAUUCCGCGGGUCUUCUCCCAACUUCUUCUGCCGCUGCUGGUGGGAAAAAGGCCAAGAAACCUGCGAAACCGAUCCCGAGUCGUGAGGAAAUGCGUGAGGCGUGGACGGCGGGAAAUGUCACCAAGUUUACUGUUCCGCAACUUCGGGGGUAUUUGAAACAAGAGGGUUUGUUUGAGGGGUUUACGUCUGAGACGAGGAUGAAUGAGUUGUUGAAGCGGGUUAGGGAUAGUGAGGAUGGUGUGUGA